AUGCUUCAUCAAGAUCCCGGGCCCAGCUCGACGUCGAAGGGAAAGGAGAGAGCGACGGGGAUGACGAUCAACACGCCUUUGGAAGAGUCGAUUUGGCCACCAUCUAGGGAGAGCGAUCGGUGGACGGCGUCGGAAAUAUGGAAGAAGAGUAGGGAGAGGGCGAAGUCAGAUAGAACGAGUUGGGACUAUGCAGUUUUGAGUAGCGGAGUAGCUGGAGGUAUCGCUGGUUGUGUUGCGAAAACGUCAAUAGCACCGUUGGAUCGAGUCAAGAUAUUGUUUCAGACGUCCAAUGCGGAGUUUCGUCAGUAUGCUGGCACACCGCUCGGCAUGUUGCACGCGACCAAAGUGAUCUAUAAAGAAUCGGGCAUUAGAGGACUUUUUCAAGGACAUUCUGCGACGUUACUACGAAUAUUCCCUUAUGCUGGCAUCAAAUACAUGCUUUAUGACUGGUUAGAACGGAAAUUGAUCAAGACGCCAGAUCAAAGAACGCCUGCGAGAUUCUUCCUUGCUGGUUCCCUAUCUGGCGUCACAUCUGUCCUCUGCACAUACCCCCUCGAACUCAUCCGCGUCCGCCUAGCAUACCAAACAAAAUCCAGCGGCCGCACUUCCCUCACCCAAGUCGUCAAGGCCAUCUACCACGAAGCCGACAUUCCCCCCUCCGCCAAAAAAUCAAACUCCGUCUCUCCCUUCAUACGGAAUCUGCCAUUAUACCCUUUCUAUCGAGGUUUCUCGAUGACAAUCAUCGGCAUGGUGCCGUAUGCCGGUGUCGGUUUCCUCACGUACGGCACACUGAAGAGACACGCUGCCGAAUACGUUCCCUACUUCCACCAGCACCCCACAGCGCGCGAUCUUGCCUGCGGUGCUGUAGCAGGUGCCGUCUCCCAGACUGCAUCGUACCCCUUUGAAGUCAUCCGACGUAGGAUGCAGGUUGGCGGUACGUUGGGGAAUGGAGGAAUUAGCUGGAGGGAAGCUGUGAGCAAGGUAUACAAUGCGAGGGGGUGGAGAGGGUUCUAUGUGGGGUUGAGUAUUGGGUUUGUCAAGGUCAUACCGAUGUCUAGCAUAUCGUUCGCCACUUGGCAAGCAAUGAAACGAUUGAUGGAGCUCUAG